AUGGUCGCUUCAAGAGUUGAUCCCGCCGAUGCCCUUCAGGUUGCUGCAAUCACUUUCGACUGGGGAGAUAGCCUCGACGCAAAGGACUGGGAUCGCUUGGCCAGCAUCGUCGCCCCGGAACUAGUUAGUAUCCUUAAGGUCGAUUACACUGUCGUAACCGGUGAGAAGUGGGAUGCCAUGCCAGCCAAAGACUUUGUCGCCAUGGUCUCAGAUCCUGGAUUUGUCGGCGACCCUCUUGUUGUCAGCCAGCAUUUCAUCGGAGCUUCCAAAUACGAAGCUCUUUCCGAUGGUCGCAUAAUCGGUACUCACCAGUUCCGAGCUGCCCACCAGCGAUACACAGGGCCCGAUAAGAAGACUGUUGAGGCCAAGGGCCACUGCCAUGCCGUUAUGCAACAUACUUAUGCAAAGGUUGAUGGGGAAUGGAAGCUGGCGGGCUUGAAGCCGACCAUGUACUGGAAUGAGCAUGAUUUUUCCAAGAUUUUCAAAGGAAGCCAGUAG